AUUAUUUCGGACAUUUUUUGGUUUCUGUUUGUCUUUGGCUUGGUAAUUGGAAGUUUUUUGCUCCGGGAACCUAUAAAAUUGAAGGUUUGUUUUGUAAUUAUUAUAAUUAUUGUUGUUGUUAGAACGACAUUUGGUCGACUAUUUGUGAAUUGCGAAUAAACUUGGUACCUGAUUUGGUUUUUGGUUCUGUUGUUAAUUUGGGUUCGUAAAUUACAAAUAGAUCGACAUACCGUACUUCAAUAACGGGAAGGAGCAAAAACUUGGACGUAACAUAAAGUUCUUCAAUUUUGGUUCUGUUGUAAUACAUUGGAUUCGUCUGGACAUUUUGGGUCCAAUAUUUGGUCAUAUUGGUCGAAUUCGCUUGGAUUAAUUCUUAUUAGUUUUGGUAACCGAUUCUUUCGAACAAAGGCAUACGAUGGAAACGAGAAGCAAAAAACCGAAAGAAAAUGACGAAAUGGAUGGUAAAAUUUCUAAAGCUGUCUGUGGUAUGUCUGAAUUUAUUGAUGAUAAACGUGAUGAUAUUAGUGUUAAUAGUAUGUCCUCAGCUCAGUUUAGUACUUCUAGAUUGAGGUUAGAUAAAGCAUUACUAAAGAAGAAAAUUUUGGAAAAGAGGCUUGAGUUAGAAAGGCAGCUUAAGAUGUUAGAACUUCAAGAGGAGGUUGAUAUGGCCGAAUUGGAAUGUAAGGUCAUAGAAAACGAUAACAGACUGCCAGUAGACAGGUCUGAGACAAAUGCUAAGGUGGAAAGGUACUUGGAUUGUGACACUGCGUAUAAUAAGCAUUCCGGGGAGGUAUUUAACAACACAAAAUGCGAUUGGAUUAAUGAAUUAAAGGAUACGUUACGUACUACGGUUAAUAGUACGGUCUUGCCUAAGAUUGAUAUGAUGUUUUUUGAUGGACAACCGAGCCAGUACCACCGAUUUAUUAGUCAGUUUACAAGCAUUAUCGAGAGUAAACUGUCUGACAAAUGCCAGUUGUUGUCAUAUUUGUCAUACUAUUGUAAAGGAAAGGCCAGAACGGCUAUUGAAGCUUGUAUUUCUUUGCCCAGUCAUUUGGGUUACGAUAGAGCUAAACAAAUUUUAUAUGAUCUAUUUGGUAAAGAACACCUUGUCGCUCGUAAUCUUAUUACUGAAUUACUCAACCACAAAUCUGUUGAAGGAUCCGCCGAUGGUUUAACUGACUUCGCAAUUAAGCUACGUAAUGUAUGCAUAACGUUGAAGGAAAUGGGGUAUAUGUCUGAUGUGAAUUCUACGGCUAAUCUGGAAAUAAUUGUGUCACGUUUACCUUUAGAAUUGCAGAAUAAAUGGGUGGAAGCUGCCGAUAGGAUCAUGAUGGCUGGUAGGGAGCCGAUCUUUGAAGAAUUAGUAAUGUUUGUAGAAGAAAGAGCCAGGAUUGCUCGAUCACGUUUUGGUAGAUUGGUACAUUGUAACUCAAAGUUCCGUAAAGGUAAUUAUGAAGGCCACGUUGAUAGAAGAUCACGCCUCAAUGUAGUUAAGCGGGAACCAAGCACUUCACUCAAGACUUUAAGUUGCGAAAUUUGCUUUGGUCAUCACAAAGAGAAAGAUUGUAUGAAGUUAUCGAAAAUGAAUGUUACAGAAAGAAGACUGGAAGUUAGAAGACGGGGUCUAUGUUACCUGUGUUUAAGGAAGGGUCACAUAGCCAAGUCGUGUAACUCGGACAUAAGGUGUGACGUUGAUAAUUGUAGGAUUCGGCAUAAUCCAUUAUUACAUAUUGAUGCUAAUAAUAAACAUAUGGUGAACUUUGCUAAGGAUUUCAACUCCUCAAAGGUUUGUUUGGGUAUUAUUCCGGUUAGACUAUACGGCCCCAAAGGAUGUUUGGAAACAUACGCCCUUCUAGACAGUGGUUCAGAUACCUCUAUUGUAUGUGAAGAGUUAAUUAAUCGGUUGGGUAUCGAAGGUAAGGAGACUUCGAUAAGGGUGACGACUGUGAAUGGAACUUCUACUUGUGAGUGUUUGGAAGUAAAUUUAGAGGUAUUUUCGUUAGAUCAACGGGGUUCUAUAAAGAUCAACAAGGCUUAUACGACCAAGAAACUUCCGAUCGAUUAUGCAGAACCUUUAACCGAACUCCAGCUGAGAAGGUGGAAACAUUUAAGGGACAUAACCCUUCCGAGGUUGCAAAGUAAUCUGGUAGGAAUAUUGAUUGGGUGUGAUGCUCCUGAUGCACAUUGGGUCCUUGAACAACGCCUGGGUGAUAGGAAGCAUCCGUUUGGUGUGCGUACUCAUCUCGGUUGGAUGAUUUUAGGUCCUAAAGGAGUAUCGAGGUCUCUACAUCAAGUUCAGUGGUGUCAUUGUUCUACUAAUGAUAUUUUGCGAGAUAUAGAAAGAUUAUAUAAUCAUGAGUUUGAGGAUGCAGAUGUGUUUCGUAAUGAAUAUUCUGUCGAAGAUAAAAGAGCUCUGGAAAUAGUUAAUAAUUCCUUUAGACUGGAGGGUGGCCAUUUCCAAGUUGGUCUACUGUGGAAGUAUGAUAAGCCAAGACUACCGAAUAAUUUGGAACUAGCGGAACGCAGACUAGAGUGUUUAAGGAAGAGGUUUAUGAAGGAUAAUAGUCUUCUGGAGAAAUAUCAAGCUGUAAUGAAUAAGCAUUUAAGUAAGGGCUACAUCAUUGAAGCUAGUAAGGAGGGAUUUGACCGUGAUGCUGUUUGUUGGUAUAUUCCUCAUCAUCCUGUUAUCAACCCUAAAAAGCCUGGAAAAUUGAGAAUUGUUUUUGAUUGUGCAGCUGUCUAUCAAGGUUGCUCUCUUAAUGAUCAGCUUUUGAGAGGACCAAAUACUGUAAAUAGUUUAAUUGGUAUACUUCUACGAUUCAGAUUAGGUAACGUAGCAUUAGCCGCUGACAUCGAGGAGAUGUUUCUUCAAGUAAAGAUCCCGAGACAAGAUAGAGGAGCGUUUCGACUAUUGUGGUGGGAAGACGGUGAUAUAAGACAAAGGGCUAAGGAAUACUGUUUAACAGUCCAUCCGUUUGGAGCCGUGUCCUCUCCUUUUUGCGCUAAUUUCGCUCUUAGGAAAUCGGUAGAUAUAUUCGGUAAAGAAUUGAAUAAAAAUGUUCGAGAAGUCGUAGAUAAGAGUUUCUAUGUCGACGACUAUUUAGCCUCAAUCGAUAAUGUGCAGGAUGCAAUCGAGCUUGCAAAAGCCCUAGGUUUACUCCUCAGAAAAGGUGGAUUCAGACUUACCAAGUGGAUAAGUAACUGUUUACAGGUUCUCGAAUCAAUUGAUCCAGAUGAGAGAGCAGAGGCCGUAAGAGAAAUUGACUUUGAGAGGCUUCCUACGGAACGCACAUUGGGAUUAUUUUGGAAUACUAUAGUUGAUGCGUUUGAAUUUAAAGUUCGCGUACCGAAACGCCCCCUCACUAGGCGAGGUAUAUUGUCGAGUGUAGCCUCACUUUACGAUCCCUUGGGAUUGUUAGCACCAUUUAUACUUCCUAUGAAGCAGUUACUUCAGCGCUUAAGUAAGUUGGGACUAGGAUGGGACGAAGAGAUUCCAAGUGAGGAAUGCAAACGCUGGUUAGAGAUUCUAAGUGAACUUCAGAGGGUUGAGAACGUUAGUUUUCCACGUUGUGUAUUGUUUCCACAAUCAGAUCGCUCGCUUCUGGAACUUCAUAUUUUCUGUGACGCCUCGGAAAUUGGAUAUGGUGCAGUGGCAUACAUCCGAUCUUGCAUCCUUGACACUGGAAUAUAUUCUCGUCUUAUUACGGCUAAAGCAAGAGUAACCCCCUUGAAGGUUCAAACUAUACCGCGCUUGGAACUUACUGCAGCAGUGUUAGCAGCGCGUAUGGGGUCCCAGCUGCAGUCCGAGUUAGAUAUUAAGUUUGCAGAAGUUAAGUUUUGGACGGAUUCCAUGAUUGUCUUACACUAUAUUAGAAAUGAGAAAAGCCAGUUUAAAACAUUCAUAGCAAACCGGAUUUCGACUAUUCACAGUCUUACUAAGGUGGACCAAUGGAGAUUCGUACCUUCUAAGGAGAACGUAGCAGACUUUGCAUCCAGAGGGGUAGGGUUCAACAUCGAUCAUGUCAAGGUAUGGGAGGAAGGACCUCACUUUUUGAGGAAGCCUAAGGAGUGUUGGCCUGAUGCAAAUGUACAAGAUCCUGAACCCCAUCUCUUGGAAUUAAAGAAGGCAAUGUCUAUGCAUGUAAUGGUUGGAGAAUCCACUGUUGAUCUACUUAUUAAUUAUUAUUCAGAUUGGACUAGAUUACUUAAGGCUGUUGCAUGGAUGAUCCGAUUUAAGCAAUAUUUGUUAAUAAUGUAUUCUGGCAGAGGUGAUCUAUCCCUACAGGUGGGUAUGCUCAGAGUUGAUGAACUAAAUUUAGCUUGUUUAGAUUUAAUUCGAUAUGUCCAAAGCAUAGUAUUUCGGAAAGAGAUUGAAAUGUUGUCGUCUGAUAACAUUAGCAAGGUGAAAAUAACGAAUUCACCCUUACGAAUCUUAAAUCCAAUGAUCAUAGACGGAUUAUUGUGUGUCGGUGGUCGACUUCAAAUUAGUUCCUGGUCCGAGUCGAGGAAGCAUCCCAUAAUAUUACCAUCGAAGCACACAAUUACAAAUUUGAUUCUACGGUAUUAUCAUGUUUUGGAGGGACAUGUCGGAGCUACACAGGUAAUGGCGACGGUCAGAGAAAGAUUUUGGGUGCUGAGGGGCGGUGUGGCCAUGAGGAGAGUGAUAAAGGAUUGUGUUUAUUGUAAAAGAAGGAAUGCUCGUCCCAUUCAGCAACUAAUGGCGCCAUUACCUCCGGUCAGGAUAGAAGGAGGUGACUAUCCGUUCUUAUCAGUUGGGGUAGAUUAUUUUGGACCCCUUAUGGUCAAACAUGGUAGAAAUACUGAGAAGCGGUAUGGUUGUGUAUUCACUCGUUUAAAAUUGAGAGCCGUGCAUCUGGAGGUGGCAUAUAGUUUUACGACCGACUCAUUUAUCAUGGCACUAAUGAGAUUUGUCAGCAGGAGAGGUUAUUCAAAGGAGAUCUUCAGUGAUAAUGGAUCAAAUCUAGUGGGGGCUGAACAUGAACUAAGAAAAUGUCUUCAGGGUUGGGUACAGGAACGUAUACACUCUGAUUUGCUAAAAAAGGGGAUUGACUGGCAUUUCAAUCCUCCGGCUGCUAGUCAUUGGGGAGGAGUGUGGGAGCGCAUGAUUCGCUCUGUACGUAGGGUAUUGAGUACUCUUGUAAAGGAACAACCUUUAACAGAUGAAUGUCUUGAAACUUUCAUGACAGAGGCUGAACGUAUAAUUAACAAUCGACCUUUGGUUCCCGUUACAGACGACCCGAAGGAUCUUGAUGCAAUAACACCAGCGAAACUAUUACUAUUGCGAGAGAAUGUUGCAGAAUUCGCUAACACUCUAUCUAAUGACAGGUAUUCUAAGAGAUGGAAGCAAGCGAAUUAUUUGGCACAAGUAUUUUGGAGACGUUGGUCUAAGGAAUAUGUAUCACUAUUGCAGCGUCGUUACAAGUGGACACAACUAGAGAGGAAUAUACGUGAGGGUGACUUAGUAAUGAUAUGUUCUGACUUUUCCGAGAAAAACAAGUGGCCCUUAGGUCUAGUACAAAGAGUGAUACCAAGGAUAGACUAGUAAGACAGGUAGAACUGAGGACGAGAAAGGGUAUUCUAGUGAGAGAUAUACGUAAACUGUGUCUUCUUGAAGCGGUAGAUGGUAGGUAGUUAAUCGGAUCCCUAGGCGUACUGGUGUAAGUCCUAGGGAUCACGAGAUUGUCGGUAUAUUGAAUGUUUGUUGUUGAUUGCUUGUGAUGCACAUACUUGGAUCGCUGUUACCUAUUUUGUCUGUGAAAAGAACCAAGGUUCUUUUGGUCGGGAGUGUUACGGGAGAACUGAAGACAUUUGGCUGAUUAAAAACUUUAUAUUAAAUAUCAUUAAUUUCACUGGUUUUUGGAUGUAUUUGUUUCACUUAACUUCUGAACUUGUUUGUUUAUAUCAUUAUUUCGGACAUUUUUUGGUUUCUGUUUGUCUUUGGCUUGGUAAUUGGAAGUUUUUUGCUCCGGGAACCUAUAAAAUUGAAGGUUUGUUUUGUAAUUAUUAUAAUUAUUGUUGUUGUUAGAACGACAUUUGGUCGACUAUUUGUGAAUUGCGAAUAAACUUGGUACCUGAUUUGGUUUUUGGUUCUGUUGUUAAUUUGGGUUCGUAAAUUACAAAUAGAUCGACAUACCGUACUUCAAUAACGGGAAGGAGCAAAAACUUGGGCGUAACA